AUGAGUAACGAUUUGAAAUAUGUUCUUCUACCAACUAUCGAUGAUCGACGUCGGCCACCGAAAUUUCAACCAUGGAAAACAGCUUCUUCCGAAAAGUACCGUGAACGAAUUCGGAUGAAAUACCCGAGCAAUAUCAACACGAAAAAUUGGAAAUUUGUUAAGGAUGGUCUGGAUGAUUUUCGCGAUGGUUUGCCCCCGUGUCAUGAUGAUAUUAUGUUACAACCCGAAAAAGGACUUGGACCAGUACUACUAGCUGAACCGCGCCGAGUAAAGUCUUGCGUAGUAAACGCUCAAUCGCGACUCAGCGCACAUCAGAAAUACUACAGUCGAGAAAUACCUGCAGCAGAAAAACGAAGACGAACUAUUGAUCAUUAUAUAUCAAGUCUAUUGGAACAUCCAGUCGCCUUCUUUGAUCAUUUUAGUAAAGUAUUAACACCUGAGACAUACGAUCGAGUGACAAGAUUGUUUGAAGCGGAACUAUUACGUUACGAUGCGGAUGAUCCAAUUCCGUCUGUUGAUGGACAGAAUGACACAUUCCUAUCGUCAGGAAUGGAAGGAUUAACGCAAGUUGAAAUGGCUGAAAGUGAUAAGAGUGGUUUUGAACAUGUGUCUCAAGAAGCCGAGAACACAGGCAUUAGUGAGUUAUCCAAUGAUUUAGCUACGAAAGCACGCAUUGACUCUAGAAAUCAAUUACCGGAAUUAUCUGAGAAUAAACCAAGUCCACCAAGAAUCACUCGCAAUGGAGUUGUUUAUGAUGAUGCUGGUAAUCAGUGGAAUGCUGAAGAAUACUAUAGAAAACAACAGAAUCCUUACCGAUGGUACAUUGAAAAACAACGUCAAAAACAGCGUGCAAAAGGUCCUAGUCAAGAUGAACAAGCAGCCAUAGCUAUGGAAACAAAAUUACGUCAUGUAUCAGAACAAUUUUGUACUUGGUUAUACGAUUUAGGCGGAGAAACAAAUACAGAUAUUGAUCCAGCUGUAGUCAGGAAUCUCUUUUCGACUGCUUACGACACAAAGCCAUCGUUAAGUGUACCAAUCAAAGUGGUGGAAAUGACACGAAUUCCAGUUGACUUGCGAGAUGGUACACAAGAUACAAUGAUCGCCGAACCACAACAAGCAACAGGAACUCUAUCAGAAAUGCGUAUGGGUUCCGGUAGUGCUAAGGCGAAAGAGAUCACAACUGCACUUAUCAAUCAACGACCACGUACGCAAAAAUAUCGAUACGGUGCAUGGUAUUUACCAAAAACUCUCUGGCAUCGUAAAUUAACAACAGAGGAAUUGAUUGAUCCAAAGGCCACUAGAGCUGAACGAGAAGAUACAUCUCGCAAACGCGAGGAAGAGAUUAAUUCUCGGCUGGCUCCAUUACACGGUGUGAAUGCUUUCCGAGAUUACCUUUUGGAAACAAACGCCGCUCGAAUGCCAAAACUAAUAAGUGAUGUUGAACAAUAUCGUCGCAAUCAUCUAGCUGAAGGUCAAACAAAUCGCACAGGACUCUACGCAUCUUAA